AUGAAGCGCAGACUUGAUGAAUCUCCUCGACUGCUGCGGGUGUUGAAACUGUCGGGAGAAGAACUUGCCACCAUUCCCGUGGAAGAGUUGAGCGACGUCCGGUCCUUGAAGCAGCACCUGCAGAAGACUUCUGGGCUACCCCCGCGGUUCAGGCAAAAACUAUUGCGCGAUGGUGUGGCGCUUGAUGAUGCUAUGGUGCUGGAUUCUCCCAUGGAUUUGAACCUUGUUGUUCUUCCCUUGCUGAAGUCUGACGCAGAGCAAGCCAAACUGCUCAUUGCUGCGGUGAUCCACGGAGACGUGCGCCGCGUUAACGAGCUGUUGGAUGGAGCUCAAGAUCCAGAUGACGCUAACCUUCGGGGUGAGACCCCUCUGUAUGAAGCAGCCAAACGUGGUCAAACGGAAAGUGCGCAGCUGUUACUGGAGGCAGGGGCAGAUGUGAACAAAUGUAGCAUGCCUGGGCAUCCCUGGCAUCCCUUUGCUGGGGGUGAAGAGGCUGAACCACUUAGUGUGGCAUGUCAGCAAGGCCACAAAGAUGUGGUGGCAUUGCUGUUGGAAGCAGCUGCUAGCGUGGAGUCAGGGCGCUUGUUCGAGCUACUACCUCUCGGCUGGGCAUCAGUCAAAGGCAGGCCCGACAUCAUUUGCCAGCUAUUGGAGGCGAGGGCCGAUGUAGGUAAUGCAGGCAUAAGCAGUUUGCCGCCUCUUCUCAUUGCUGCUGGGCUUGGACAUUUGGAUGCUGCUCGCGUGCUUUUGGAGGGCAAGGCUACAGUGGACACUUGCUCUGAGGGGAUCACCCCUCUGGGCUUCGCAGCAUAUUCCGGCCGAGUGGAUGUGAUGCGCCUUCUGUUGGGGGCAGGUGCAGACGCGGAAAG